AUGGAUCUGGGUCUUGUUGGCCAGUGGGAGUUGCUGUUGAACAAAGCGAGAGCUGUGGUGGCUCCAGUGUUGUGUUUCUUAGAGACACCAAAAGAGCAAGAGCCUUGGUUGCAAGGAAACAUACUAGACAGCUAUGUGAGAACAGAAGGAGCUUGGCUGCUCAACCCAAAGAAGCAAAUUUAUAAAGCAAAUAGUAAUGAAGAAUGUGCGGAGCUAUGUGAAAAUGAAAAUAAAUUUACUUGCAGGGCCUUCUUAUUCACCAGUAAAGACCAACAAUGUUUAACAUUGGCUGAGAACACCAAAACAGCAGUGAUAUUCAGAAGAACGAAUGCAGUUCUUUAUGAAAAAAGAA